UCGCGUUGCACGCAUCUGCAACGAAUUCAAGACGGGCACGGAUUGCUUGUGACCAAGGACUCGCUUUCCCGUCUCGGUUUUUUGCGCCUUUAUCUAUCCCAAACCCUCCACCUGUUGCAAACGCUCCAAUCCCCCAAAUCCUCCUUGAUUUCCCCCACGUUCUCUAUCGAUUCCGUUUCUGGGCGAGAACUUAUUCUCUUGCCUACAUCGAUCGAUCGAUCCAAGGCCAGUUCGGUUUUCGGUGCUGCGAACCGGUACAUCAUUUUGAUUUAUUAUAUCCAAUUACGUUUUCAUCUCGAUCGAUCUGUGAUGUUCUUUCUUCGUUCCUUCGUCGUUUUACUGACAUGGCCAUGGGAAUUUGCCUUGGCAAUCGCCGGAGAAAGAGAUCCAUGGCGAGGAGUUCUUUUAAAUUGGAGCAUCCUCUCGUGUGAUUCUAAACUAUGCAUCUGUACCUCAGAGAGGAGACAGGCAGAAGCUGCUCGUAUCAGAGAGAAGUAUCCUGAUAGAAUUCCUGUGAUCGUUGAGAAAGCUGAAAGGAGUGACAUACCAGACAUUGACAAGAAGAAAUAUCUAGUUCCUGCUGAUCUCACUGUGGGACAAUUUGUCUAUGUGGUCCGCAAGAGGAUCAAGCUCGGUGCUGAGAAGGCCAUCUUCAUUUUUGUCAAGAAUACUCUUCCACCCACAGCUGUGAUGAUGUCUGCAAUAUACGAGGAGAACAAAGAUGAAGAUGGUUUUCUGUACAUGACUUACAGUGGGGAGAAUACAUUUGGGUCGUUCUAAGCCAGUGGAGCAUCUCUGCAGAUAAGACCUGAAAACCUGUAUAUUCCACCCGGUCCCCCUUGUUCCUAUGAUGUGUUUUAUGUCGUGUCGUCUGUCUUCAAGAAUCCAGGGGUUCAGGAUAUUUGAAUUUGAUGGCUACAAAGUAUGUUUGACAUUAAAGCUUAUAUUAGAUGUCAUGGGUUUGAAUAUGUGAUUAUUAUAUCACGUCAAGGGGCUGAUUUACGUGCCAUAUUUCAGGUAGAAUCUUUUCCCGUCUCCAUUUGUAGCAUAUCCCUUCCAGGGAAACUGACAUUAGCUUCGUUAUCAGUUUAUCUUGUGACA